AUGGACCGUUCUACUCCGGAUUUGCUUUCAUUUCACAACGGAGUGACGUCCCAGCGAAACGCCAGCUCUGGUGCGACUGUAGGUAAACAAAAUCACGUAGCCAGUAGCUAUUUAAAGUCUGAUUCUGGCAGCAAAGGAAGGGGCGUUACGUCAAACGAACAGUUUUAUAAAUCUUCGCUGAAAUCGCCUGACAUUGACAAUGAAAAUGGUAGUGGUGUAUCAGUUUUCGGCUGCAACACGGGUUACGAACGUUGGUCAGAUUCGGGUAUUCCCCAGAGUCGCAGUGCUGCGUUAUUGGGGAAAGGACAGUUUUGUUUAGGCUCUCGGAGUGAAAAGUCGCAGGGCCAUGCAUUAGGUUUGUCUAACACUAGUAGUAACAGUAUGGGAGCGAACCAGUCGUAUUCACCAAACCGAGGGAGAGUGCAUACGGUCGCCGUGUGUAGACAGAACAGUGUUCCUUAUCACGACGAUUACCCACCUGCCAAGCUGCCACUGAGAGGCUGCGUUUCCCUCUCGGGGGAACCGGCCAAACAGCCGCUGGAUACCACCAGCCAGUCCCCAGUGAUAGUGCCACAAGACGAGAUAGAUGGUGCACACUCCUUUGCUUACAGGAAAAACAACCAGGGCGUGAGACUUGGUGACUACACUCAGCCCGUGGAUGCAGCCAAGUUCAUCUGGGCGAAUCCUGCUGACAAGUCGCUGUCAAGUGACAACGAAUAUAGUGAACCGUAUUCAUUUUCAUCUCGACUUUCUGGUGUGAAGGAUCCUUCUGAAGAUGUUGUAGAUUCCAUCUACUCAUUGGCAAUAGAAUCAGAGACAGAGUACAAUCAUCUGAACGAACAUCUGAAGUCCUCAAUACAGAGUGCCAAUACUGAUCAUGAAAAUAAGUACAGUCAUGCAGGCACCUGGUACCAGCCCGACCACAGUGUGUUUGUGGACAGUGUGACAAAUCGGUCAAGACCAGACGUCUGUCAGGAGCCUCACGACUCUAGGAAGCAGCAGAAAGAAUUGCGCAGCAGUGCUGGUCGCACGGAGAACUCUAACAGUGAAAUCCAAAGUCCUCAUUCCCCAGAACGUGGUUUGGCGAACCAUAAGAAACAAAGUCCCAUUUGUAACUCUUCUAGCAACGACGUCACUACCACCACCAGUGAAGAGAAUCCAGAAGAGCUGUAUGACUGUGCAUGGAAACUGAGCACCAGUGACAGGACCAUGUCGGUGGGUAAGGGUCAGACUCCCAAGGUUUUGCGGUCCAACGAUUGUUACGAAGAUGCGUGGGACACCGUUCAGAAACAGAGGGAGCUUCAGGAGAAGGUUCUGAAUGCAGCCCGCAAGAUCAGCGGUGUGGUGGCUCCUUCGCACGUGGCCCUGGGUCUCUCGCCCACCUCUGCAACUCCUGUGGCUCCUUUGUCAUCAGGUCCGGUUCUAUACGAAGAGCCUUGGGAUUCCAAACAGAAGCAGAAGGAGCUAGAACAAAAACUUGCAUCUCCCGGGCAUCACAGGAAGGUCAGUGAGGACCGUGAUCGGAGGAUCAGUCCGACAACGCAGGUAUUCAGACAACAAAAUGGCCUCCCGUUCCCAACCAUGAGCAGUAGUCCUGGGUUACCGAGGUCGUCACUGGUUCCAGCGUCAUCACCCCCAGCUCAGUACGAGGAUGCCUGGGACAUUGGAGCCAAAACCAACCUGUUGUCUUAUCUCAGAACUAGUUCCCAUUCUGACGAUGCCCCAGUGUCUCCGACUCGCAGAAACGCCCCGAAGUCAUGUACAGUGGGUGAAAACAUCAACCCUAUUAUUCCUCUGCAUAACCAGAACUGGUAUCAUGGAAGGAUAUCGCGGUUGGGAGCCGAGAGCUUGAUGCGUGUGUACAAGGAAGGAAGUUAUCUCGUGAGGGAAAGUGAGUCUGAACGGGGACAGUACUCGCUGUCAAUCAAGAGUCCCAUGAUGUUCAUCCACCUCCGGAUUGCGUGUUUGCCCAACCGUCAGUUUGUUCUCGGAGAAAACAGUCCAAAUUUCCCAACAAUCCCCGAAAUGAUAGACUAUUACACCCGACAUCCUGUUCCUCUGAAGGGUGCUGAUCAUAUGACUCUGUUGCACCCGGUUGCCAAGCACUGACAC